AUGGUUCACGCAGGGCCUACUCCCACUGAAGAGGAGUUACCUAGGCGUGCUGAUUCUCUGCCUACGGUAACCGCGUCUGGGAAUGCUUUCUGGGCCGGUGACGAACGAUUCUAUAUUCGAGGUAUCGACUACCAGCCUGGUGGUUCUUCCGCUAAUAUCGAUCCUCUUUCUGAUACCGACCUUUGCAAGAGGGAUAUCGCUAAGUUCAAGGAACUUGGUGUGAACACAGUUCGUGUUUACUCCGUCGACAAUUCGGCCGACCACGAUGAGUGUAUGCAAGCUUUGAGCGACGCAAAGAUUUACCUAGUGCUCGACGUCAACAACCCUCAAUACUCUAUAAACCGAGACAAGCCAGGGCAGUCGUAUAACGAUGUUUAUCUCCAAAGUGUUUUUGCUACCAUUGACGAGUUCGCAAAAUAUGACAACACGCUUGCUUUCUUCUCGGGCAAUGAAGUCAUCAACGACAAACCCGAUUCCGUAAAAUCGGCUCCUUACGUUAAGGCUACUACUCGUGAUAUGAGGCAGUAUAUCGGCUCUCACGGCUACCGCAAGAUUCCUGUUGGUUACUCGGCUGCCGAUGUCAGCGACAACCGAAUGCAGACUGCGCAGUAUUUCAAUUGCGGUACCGAUGACGAGCGAAGCGACUUUUUCGCUUUUAACGACUAUUCUUGGUGUGCUCCGUCCUCCUUCCAGCAAUCUGGUUGGGACCAGAAGGUGAAGAACUUCACCGGAUAUGGUCUGCCUAUCUUCCUGUCGGAGUGGGGUUGCAUAAAAGGCGACCGCGACUUCGGGGAGUUAGAUGCAUUGAUGAGCGAUCAGAUGUCUGCUGUCUACUCGGGUGGUCUCGUGUACGAGUAUAGCAGAGAAGGCAAUGGGUUCGGCAUUGUUGAGGUCUCUGGAAAGUCCGACUCAGUCAAGGAAGAACCCGACUUCGACAAGCUAGCGUCAGCUUUGUCCAAGUAUCCAGCUCCGACUGGCGAUGGUGGUUUCACUUCCACCACCACUUCUGCUGCGUGUCCAACGGUCGAUAAAGUUUGGGAUCUUGGUGGAUGGGACGCAAGUGCACUUCCCGCAAUUCCCCCGGGAGCUGAGAAGUACAUGACCGAGAAAGCUGGUAAGGGACCAGGCCUCAAAGGCUCUGGCUCUCAGGAUGCCGAAGGUACUUCGACUGGGACCGCUUCACCUGGUGCUGGAUCUGUAACUGCAACUGCAUCCGGUGAUAACGGCAACGCCGCUGGCCAACUAGCUCCUCCAAUGGAUAUGAGUAUUUUCGUCCUUACUGGCAUUGUUGGUCUCUUCACCCUCGGCGGCACGUUGUUGCUAUAG